AUGGCAUCGGUGGCCGCCAUUUCUUCGCCGCCAAUGUCACCAUUAGGAAAUAAUAGAGAUAAAAGGUAUGUUUGGUGGGAAAAAAAAAAGAGAAAAUGAAUUAUGAGAUUUUUUUAAUUUGGGAAAAAAAGCAAUAAAAAACUAACAAUGAGUCAAAAACAAUUGAGUUCCAAAAAAAAUGUCAUUGAAGUUUCCAAAAAUGUUUCUACAAAAAUUCGAUGCUUUUGUUUUAUAAAAGUUUUGUUUUCUUUUUUUCUCGCAAAAAAAACCAGAUGUCCUCUCCUUUUUGCUUCACAUUUUUAUUUGUAAAUCAAUCAAAAAAAAUGUCUUCUUCCAAGAAAAAAUGUAUUGUUCAAACAAUGUGAAAAUUUAUAGAAGAACUAAAUUUCGUUCGUCUUUCCAUAUUUACAUUUUGCCUCGUCCUUCGUUUUUUUCCUCAUGUCAAAGUAAAAAAAAACACAAAUUUUGCGGUCGGUAGUAAACAACCUUUUUUUCUCUGUUUUCAAAAUGUUUCUUUCAUAUUUCGCGCACUCUCAAGGUCACCUUUUUCUUUUUUCUUUUCUCCUUUUUUUGAUCAUAUUUUUCCGAAUAAAAUUCUCAUUAAGAAACAAGAAAAAGCUUAGGAAAUGCGAAGUAUUUUGAAACAUCUUGGGUUGCGAAAAAAUGGAAAAACGUGGGUGAAAAUAAAGAAUCUCAAUAUCGAAUAAAAUUGAAAAAUGAAAUAUUUCAGAGUUUCAUUUGGCGAUGAUCAUACGUUUGUAUAUGAAAAAGAAGACGAUGCAACUCCACUUGUUCCAAGACAACCAUUUACAGAGUUAGUUUAACUACCAAAUUUUUUCUCAUAAUAAACUUGAAAAAUACUUAUUUUCUUUCUUUCUCUUUCCAAUAAAUCCCCCAUUGUUGCAUCCAUCAAAAGUUCUUUUUUUUUUUCAUUUUUUUUUUCUUCAGUUAUUUUUUGCUUCACACUCAUUUUUAUCCCGUCUGCGUCUCUUUUUUUGUUGAGCUCACAACCUCAACUCGUCAGAUACAUACAUUCAUUCUUUCUCUUUCACUCUCGAAUUUUUUCUCUUUUUUUGCUGUGUUGAUUUUUUAUUCAGCAAAUAUAUCUACAAAAUCUAUUAUUUUUCUGGAUUUUUGUUCUAGUAAAUAUGAGCAGGUUAGUUAUUUUUCAAAAAAAAAAGUGUCAAAAUUUAUGGGAUUUUUUUCUCGUGUAGUUGUAACUAAAUUGUAAUUUGUACCUUGUAGAUCAAGCCCUUUAGAAUUGUUCGUAGGUUUCUGAUUGUUCAAAAAAUAUCAUCAAAAAUUUUAUUACUCGUAUUACUAAACCUUAUAAGGUUUUUAGUAUUUUUUCUUAUUUAAAAUUCACAAAAAAUUUCCAUAUUCUAGAUUUCCUGAGAUUAAUACCUUUUCUUGUUCAUUUGAAAUUUAUUGGGGAAAAAAAAUGAUUUUUUUCUUGUUGCGCACACAUUUUUUGUUUGUAACCAAAGCCAUUGCUAUAAAGUGUCAAAUUUCAUGACAAUUUGUUAGUUCCCUUGAGGGUUUAUGUGUUGCGCAUCUCAAAUAUCUCAAAAGAAAUAGAGUGAAAAAAUAAGAGAGUUGAUGAGAGAAAAAGUUUAAACUGUUCUGAAUAGUGUAAAAAAGUGCACGAAAACUUGAGCCAGCUGACAAACGAACGAAAAAGUUAUUGAUUUUUUUGUUGCUCUGAGGUAUUUGAACCUUUAUGACGUUUUCAAAACAUUGUUUAAUAAUCCCAUAGUUAUCUAUCUAUCGACCAAAUAUUUGAUUAUACUAUUUUUUUUCUAUUUAUUUGUUCAGUUGUUCCUAAAUUUUGUUGGAAUUUUUCUCUCAUGACAUUAUUUUUCAACACAACUUUGAAUUUUCUCCGGUUUCAUAUUUUAUUAUUAUUAUUGUUAUUUUUUCACUUCAAUAUCAAACCAUUUUGUUUUCUUUUCUAAUUCGUACUAUUUCUCUUCAACCUAUCACUUCAAAAGUUCCAUUUUUCUUCUUCCCAAAAUAUUUUCUUUUUCGUCUGGAAAAAUGUCUUAUUUUUCAAAUGAAAGAAGGUGGGUGGAUUAGAAGAAAUAGCGAGAGAGAUUAUUUUUGAAAAAUUAUGUGAAUUUAGAUACUGUGGGGUUAGAAAUACACUUAUUUUUGCAUAGGAAAACUAGAAUUUUUGUUCAAGUAUCUCUCAAAAAUUAUUAUUAUUAUUAUUUUCUAUUAUUUAUUUAGUUAUUUUCAUUUUUCUUGUUUUUUCAUGAAUUCCAAAAAACAGGAAUUUGGAAAAUAAUGAGAUUUGAUUUUUAAUUGUAACUUACAGUACUCGCAUUUCUAAUGAUUCUUGAACUACCAAUUUCUUCUAGGAUUUUUUAUUUAGACAAAACAUUUUGAAAGAUUUUGAUUCAUUUUUUUUUUGGAAUCUACAGUACUACUGAAAAAUUAUGAAAAUGUAUUAUCUCUGAAAAAAAGUGUCAUAAAUCGGAUAUGAUUAAAGAAAUGGAUAUAUGUUUUUUUUCAGUUUCUCUGUCUAUUUUUUUCCUAAAAGGGCGGCUCUUCUUCAUUCUACUCUGUUUCUGUUUGCAACAUCUAGAUACUACCAUAUCUCUAUUUCUCUUAUAUUCAAAUACUCUAUAUUUCUCAGCUCAUUCUAAUUGCAUUCCCUUCCUGCGUCUCUAACUGUCUAAUUCUCUUCAAUUCAUUCACUCUCUCAUGGCUUCUUCCUCCUUUUUUGUCCGUCUUCUUCCAUUCCAUUUUUGGUUUUGUCGACCGACCGGACCUCAUUUUACUGGUUUUUUGUUCAUUUAUCAAAACUUUUAUUUUUUCUCUGUUCUCACUAAAAAUGAGAGUUUCGAAUCAAAAUUUUCAUCAUUUCAUUUUUUUUUCAAAAAACCUAACCAGUUUUCCGCGUUUUUCUGUCAACCCGCAAUUAAAUUGUUGAAUUCAAACACUUUUUCAAUGACCGUCGAAUAAUAAUAAUUUUGAAUGAUUUCCGGUGCAGGUGUUCUUUUAAACCCUUUUCUCAUUUUUCUUUUCUUUUUAUUUAGUCUUGAACCCAUAUGCAUAAAGAAAUGAAAUUAAUUAAAAAUUGGGGCCAAGAGUAGUAGUACACUUACUAAUGCUCCAAAAAAGACAAACGCAAAUUUUAUGAGCCAAAUUGAAAGAGAAAAAAGGAUGCGGUUUUGGUGUUCCUCUUUCUCUAUUCUUUUUUCGUCUUUUCGAUUUUUCUAGGUUCAACUGCUAACGAAUUUCUUUCUGGGUCUGAGAAGAAAUAAAAAGUUUUCUUCAAAAACUGUGGAUCACUAAUUAUUUUUUUGGAGAAAAUGCUUGAACCUAGUUUUUUUCUGUUUCUGCAAAAAAUGAAGCCUUUUUUCCGGAAAAAUGAUUACUGUAGGUUACCCGAAUUUUUUAAAAACAUUCUAAUUAAUUGUUUUUCUGUGGGGUGUAAAGUGUGUAUAUAUGUUUUAAUGGAGUACUGUAGAUUGAAAUAUUGAGAACAAAAUAAUCUCUAUUCAUUACCUUAUGGGGCUGUGAUUGGUUCUUCUGAAUUCUUAUAAAUGUAUACUUGUAGAUCAAUCACUAUUUUUUAUAAAAAUUUUUAAAAACAAUAUAUUCAAAUUUGUCACUUUUCCAAGCAAUAUAUCUAAUCUAAUUUUUGCAGCCCUGACGCUCCUGUGAGCCGAGUUGUUGUCACAUCGGACACUUUGAUACCUGAAAAUCCUUCACCAAUUCCACCACCAGCUCAAUUUGAAGAAGUUCGAAGGGUUGCGAUUUCACCGCCUUUACCAACAAAGUGAGUUUUUAAAAAUUCUUUUAAUUUUUCUUUUGAAAAAAAAUGGUAAAAUCGAUUUGUAGACCAAUGGAACUUCAUUUUCGGUUAGUUUAAAAAUACGAUAAUUCGAGAAAAAAAGCUUUUGUAUUAUUUAAAUAGAAAAUUAGUGUGUCUUUGGUAAUUGGUACAGUUCGAGUGACAUUUUGUUUGAUUUUAUUUUAUUUAUUUAGUUCAAAAAUCCAAAAAUUAAUUGAAUUUAAGAAAAAUGACGGAUAUCGAGAAUCCAUUUCGACCGGAAGAGAAUUUAUAUCAUGAAGUUGAUCCAAUUGUUGAGCAAUAUUUACAAAAACCAUUUCCACCAAGUCGACCAGGAUCUGCACAAAAUACACCUACAAAACAGAUUAAUUAUUUGCCACAAGCGUGAGUUUUUCCAAAGUUUAAAAAAUUGGUUUUGAAGUUUCCUUCUAAUUUUUCGAUAUGAAAAAAUAAUAUUUUAUUUUCUCAGAAGUACACCUCCUCCAAGUAACGAAUCUCCAUUAUAUCUUCAAAAUGGUUUGAGCAAAGAGCAAUUAGUUCAAAAUGAGAAAAAUAAUCUUGCACAACAUUCUGAACCUCUUCUAGCUGAACAUAAACGGUUAGUUUUUUUUUAAACUAUAUUUCUAACUCUAAUUUCUUAAUUGUUUAGAUCAGAAGAAUAUGUGGAAGAACUUCCACCAGCUGGAAAAAGUCGAAUUAAUACAUGUAAAAAAGAAGAAGUGUGGAUGUUGCUCUGUCCAAUAAAUAUUAUUUCUCUAUUAUUAUUUUAA